AUGAAAUGUAGAAACAGAUUCGUUAUUCGACAUAUUCCAUUAUUCUGUUUUUCAAAUAUCUUCUCCCUUUUCUCUUUUUCUCUUUCUUUUUCCUCUUUCCUUUUCUUUUUUCUUUUCUCCUUCUUUUUCUCUUUUCUUCUCUCUUUCUUUUUCUCCUGUCUUUCUUCUUUCUUUUUCUUUUUCCUUUUCUCCUUCUUUUCCUCUUUCCUUCUCUCUUUCUUUUUCUCUUUUCUUUUCUCUUUCCUUUUUUCCUUCUUUUUCUCUUUUCUUUUCACUUUCCUUUUUCUUUUUCUCCUUCUUUUUCUCUUUCCUUUUCUUUUUUCUUUUUUCUCUUUCUUUUUCUCUUUCCUCUUCUCUUUUCUUUUCUCUCUGCUUUUCUUUUUCCUUUUCUCUUUCUUUUUUCUUUUCUCUUUGCUUUUCUUUUUCUCUUUACUUUUCUCUUUCUUUUUCUUUUUUCUUUUCUCUUUGCUUUUCUUUUUCUCUUUCCUUUUCUCUUUCCUUUUCUUUUUCCUUUUCUCUUUCUUGUUUUCUUUUUCUCUUCUUUUCUGUUUUCUUUUCUGUUUUCUUUUCUCUUUUCUCUUUCCUUUUUUCCUUUUCUCUUUCCUUUACUUUCUCCUUUUCUCUUUCUUUUUCUCUUUCUUUUUCUCUUUCCUUUUCUUUCCCCUUUUCUCUUUCUUUUUCUCUUUCUUUUUCUCUUUCCUUUUCUUUUUCCUUUUCUUUUCAUUCUACUCAUCCCAGUACUUUCCUUUGGUUCUUAUUCCCCCCGCCCCACCAUCAUUUCACUCUUUUCCUACUCAUUCCUUAUUCUUUUCUGUCUUUCUUUUCCUUUUUAUUUCUUUUUAUUCCUUUGCUUUUUUCUUUCUUUUCUUAAUUAUUUCUUCAUUUCUUUCUUUUCCUUCUAAUUCUUUCUUUCUUUCUUUCUUUCUUUCUUUCUUUCUUUCUUUCUUUUCCUUCUAA